AUGGUAGUGGAAGGUGCUACCACCAACAACAUAGCAAAGCCAGGUUGUCCAACCCAAUGCAGGAAUAUUACAGUUCCUUACCCUUUCGGUAUUGGCACUGAUUGUUCCCUAGACGAAUCAUAUAGCACGAUCUGCAAUACUUCUUACGAACCCCCAAAGUUGUUUCCUACAAGUGGCGACCUUGAAGUAUACAACAUUUCAGAUUCAGAGGUGCGUUUAGCAACUUUAGUUUCUUACGUAUGCUACAACCAAAGUGGGUUUGUAGAUGGAGUAAUAUCAGGGAUUGACUUACGUAAGCACAAAGUAUACACUUUCUCGGUAAAGAACAAGUUCACAGUCAUUGGUUGUGACGAUUACGCUUUGAUUAAUGGGACAGAUAAAGAUGACUUUACUAGUGGUUGUUUUGGACUAUGUCGUAAAAAACCCAAUGUGCCUUAUGGGCAAUGCUCCGGAAUAGGGUGUUGUCAAAUAUCCAUACCCAAGGGUCUCACAUAUUACGAUGCUACACUUAACACCUUACGAAACCACUCAGAUGUUUUGUCCUUCAAUGAAUGUGGUUAUGGCUUUCUUGUUGAGGAAGGCAGUUUUAAGUUUAGCGGUGCCACUGAUUUGUCAGCUGAUUACACGGACUUUGUAAAGAGGAUAGAGUCCACAAUUCCCAUUGUUCUUGAUUGGGUAAUUGCACCCAAUGGAACUUGCGCAGAUGGUAACGAAUGCAAAGGAAACAGUACAUGUUAUAAUGUAGAAGGCGGUGGGUAUCGUUGUAAAUGUGAGAAUGGUUACGAGGGUAACCCCUAUCUUGAUCAUGGCUGCCAAGAUAUCGACGAGUGCAACAAUCAAGGAACCAACCCUUGCCAUGGUGUUUGCAUUAAUACCCUAGGGGGUUACAAUUGUACGUGUCUCCCAGGAUUCUAUGGUGAUGCAUACAUAAAAAAAGGAUGUGAACCCAUUGACACUAAAGAUUCAAAUUGGUCAUCGCCAAAAUACAUGAUUGUAAUGGUAUCGAGUAUGUUCACAAUACUAGCUGGAAUAGCAGGGAUGUGCUUUGGUAUAAGGAAGAGGAAGCUAAUAAGGCUCCGAGAAAAGUUCUUUGAGCAAAAUGGGGGCUUGUUACUAAAACAAAAGAUCAAAUCACAACAAUCUAAUGAAGCAAUGACUUUGUUUAGUAUUGAACAACUUAGAAAAGCUACUAAUAAUUAUGCUCAAGAGAAAAUUAUUGGUAAAGGUGCCUACGGUGUAGUGUACAAGGGAGUUUUAUUAGAUAAACGUGUAGUUGCAAUAAAGAAGUCUAAACUAGUUGAUGCGACCCAAGCAGAGCAGUUCAUCAAUGAAGUCAUGAUUCUUACGCGAGUUAUUCAUCGAAAUGUAGUAAAGCUUUUGGGUUGUUGCUUGGAAGAGGAAGUCCCUGUCCUAGUUUAUGAAUUCAUCUCUAAUAACACUCUUUUCAAUCAUAUUCAUCAUAGACUAGGUGGAAUGGAUUGGUUAUCUUGGGAGAAUAGAUUGAGAGUAGCCUCUGAAGCUGCGAGUGCACUUGCAUAUCUUCAUUCAGAAAUUUCUUUGCCAAUCAUACAUAGAGAUGUCAAGUCUACCAACAUACUAUUGGAUGAGAAUUACACAGCAAAAAUUUCAGAUUUUGGUGCAUCAAGGUUAGUGCCAUUAGAUCAUGAACAAGUAACUACUCUUAUUCAAGGCACACUAGGGUAUUUGGAUCCAGAAUACUUCAACUCGAGCCAACUAACUGAGAAAAGUGAUGUGUAUAGCUUUGGAGUAGUCCUUGCAGAACUCAUAACUGGGAAAAAACCCAUAGGUGCUGAUAGAACAAAUGAAGAAAAGAAUCUAGCUACAUAUUUUGUCAAUUCGGUUACAGGAAACCGCUUAUUUGAAAUUGUUGAACCUAGAAUUUUAAGAGAAGGGACGCUUGAGCAGUUGCAGGAAGUUGGUGAUCUCUUAAAGAGAUGUCUAAGUUUGGUAGGCCGUGAUAGACCUACAAUGAAAGAGGUGGCAGUGGAGCUAGACGGCUUGAGGAAGUUCACAACGCAUCCUUGGGUUCAACGAGAAACAUAUAGUGAGACUAAAAGCUCAGUCCUAGAAUCCGUGCAAUCGGAUCUUUAUGAAAUCCCACUAAUUUAUGGUACUAAUGAAUGGGAAUCAUAUUCGGGUAUUACAGAUAUGGUGCUUAAAGAAAACAAUACACGCUAGAUUUCUCGAUGCUUCUUAUAGCAUCAACUUUGUGAGUAUCGCCACUAUGCUUACCAAACCUUUUUAGGAACACUGUGUUUUAUGUUAUUUAUGAUGUUGUCUUGUUAUACUUAUUUUGCUUGGUGUUAUGUUAUAAAGUCAUCUGUGAUCAUCUUCGUAUGAUUGGAGUGUGAAGAGUCAUGGCAAUCAUGUGUUUGUGCAUUCCGUUGGUGUGUAUUGUUUCAACCACUGUGAUUUUAAUAAGCAUAGAACUAUUAUGUA